AUGUCAGAGUGUGGAUAUGGCUAUAGCAGAGCAGAAGUUGUGGACAUGGCAAGUGAAUAUGCUAUAUGCCUAGGCAAACGCGACAGUGAGCAUCCGCUUUCAUUGAAGUGGUUCCGUGGAUUUGUGUCACGUUGGCCAGAACUCAAGGUAUUGAAACCACGUGGUCUGGAAAUUCAGAGGGCUAAGGCAACCACUGUAGACUGUGUGACAAAAUAUUAUGUAGAACUUGGAUCCAUCUUGGACAAGUACAGCUUGAAGGACAGACCUGAACGGAUUUACAAUGUGGAUGAGAAGGGGUUGUCUACUUCCCACACCCCACCAGCAGUGGUUACAGGUCUUAAUUUCAAACCUCAAGCUGUCACCUCUGCUUCCAGGACACUUGUGACUGUGAUAGGCUGCGGUAAUGCCCUGGGCUAUAGUGUGCCACCUUUCUUCAUAUUUCCUGGUGCAAGGAUGAGGCCUGAUCUGUUGGAGGGUGGAAGUGCAGGGACUGAUGGGACUGUCACAGAAUCUGGCUGGAGUAACAGCACUGUAUUCAGAAAGUACAUUGAACAUCAUCUGAUUAAAUACUUACCUGAACGUUCUGUUGAAGACCCUGUUCUUGUACUCUAUGAUGGACACAAGUCUCACAUUAAUUUGAACCUGAUUGACUGGGCCAAGACACAAAAUCUGAUACUGUUUAUCCUCCCUGCACACACAAGUCAUGUUUUGCAGCCGCUUGAUUUUGGUUGUUUUGGACCAUUUGAAAGAGCAUAUAGUGCUGUGUGUCACAAGUUCAUGCGUGAUCACUGUGGGCAGAGCAUUACACGAUACAAUGUUUGUUCACAUGGAUGCUCCGCUUAUUCAAAGGCUCUCUCGGCUAGUAAUUUACAAGCUUCAUUCCGCAAAACUGGUAUCUACCCUUACAACCCCAGUGCUGUUGAUCCAUCCAACUUCAAGCCGUCUGAGGCCUUACAGCAGGAAACAACUCCAGAGAUCUCAGACAGCCAGCAUACCACUUCAAAAGACCCUUCACAGUUUUUUGGUUCUAAGGCUGCUCAGAUCACUUCAAAGAAACCUCCCACUAAGAAACGGCGGUAUCUUAGUUCUGUUGUUAGUGGUAAGGCCAUCACAGAAGAACCGGUGAUAGAGCAGAUUAAGGAGCAUGAGAAAGCCAAAGCCAGGAAGCCCAAGUCUCAGAGUCAGAAAAGUAAAUCUGAACCUCAACCUGGACCAUCUGGUACUGCAAGGCCAGUAACAACUUCUGCUGACAGUGAUGUCUCACUUGAUGAGGAAUCUGACACUGAUCUGUGCUGUGUAUGUAACUUGUUUACCCCACAAGAGGUCCGCCAGAGUACUUCACUCAUAUUUGUUAAGUGGGUACAGUGCACAAAGUGUGGACAUUGGGUGCAUUUAAGGUUUUGUACCACAGUGAGAGUUGUUAGAAGGGGGGAUGAAUUUUUAUGUAAACACUGUACUACAGAGGAGUAA